AUGGCUGGUGGAAGUUCGCCCUUGAAGGAGGACAUUGAUGCCAUUUUCCAUCGAUUGCGAUCACAGGCAACGAACAAGAGCUGUUUCGACUGUGGAGCGAAAAAUCCUACCUGGUCCUCGGUAACGUACGGUGUGUUCAUUUGCAUCGAUUGUUCCGCGGUGCACCGGAAUCUGGGCGUGCACCUGACGUUUGUACGGUCCACCAAUCUGGACACGAACUGGACCUGGUUGCAAAUCCGCCAGAUGCAGGUUGGAGGUAACGCAAAUGCGGCACAAUUCUUUCGUCAGCAUAAUUGCAACACCACCGAUGCGCAACAAAAAUACACCUCACGGGCUGCCCAACUGUACAAGGAUAAGUUGCUAAACAAAGCUCAACAGUCGCUACAGCUGUACGGAACAACGCUGCACAUUGACCAAGUACACGACCUGAACACUGCCGGCGAUAAGAAGGAGGUAGACUUUUUUGCAGACUGUGACAACUUCGACGGUGACACCAUUGUGCCACAGACGGGUAAGGAUGAGCGUAACAACAAUCCCAGCGUCAGGCCGAAAAUCGAGACGGAGCAGGAGAACAUUCCCAAAUUGGCUUCCCUUAGCGCAACGGUCGAUCCUUCUGCUGGACCACGGGUAGAUUUCCUCAUGUCAGAGGUUCCGGCCGAACCGGUCAAAUCAACGAUCGGUGUGCGAAAGAUUCAACCGAAGAAAGGUGGACUUGGUGCAAAAAAGGGUGGCCUUGGUGCAACACGCGUCAAAACCAACUUUGCCGAAAUAGAGGAACGAGCCAAUAUGGCUGACAAGCUGAAGCUUGCAACCGCCCCGGAGAAGGUGAUCACCGAGGAAGAAAAGGCAGAAACACUGGCCAGUGUUCGGCUCGCCUACCAAGACCUUUCGAUCAAGCAGCACAAGGAGGAGGAAAAGCUGAAAGCGAUCGAUCCCAACAAGGCGAAACAAAUCGAGCGACUAGGGAUGGGAUUUGGCCGAGCAGCCGGUGUUUCACACUCCGCACUGACCGAUAUGAAAACGCUAACACAAGAGGAAACCACACGAAGUGGUGCAUCGGUUACGAAAUCGUACGAUCGGGACGAUUCUUCUAGCGGUGUUGGAGGCGGCAGCAACAGCGGCAACGGAGGCAACGAUUUUUUCGAUGAUUAUUCCAUAAUCUACGGGUUUUCGGGUAGCGGUAAGGGUGCCGAUAUGAGUGAAGCGACACAGAUGGGCUUUGAUACGCUCGAGCCGAUCGACAGCAAGCGUCCGACGGUGAAAACGAUGUUCUCGCCAGCAGGAGGAGGAAGCUUAAAGGGGGGAGCAACCAGUAUAAGUGAUCAACCAACAUACAGCCGCGCUGGUGGAAGUAGCAGCAGCAGCAGUAACGGCAGCAGCAAUCGAAGAAAUGGUAGCAAUCAGUCGCAACCCGUCGACAAUAGCGAUGUGGCGCAGAAAAAGUUCGGCUCUGCCAAAGGCAUCUCGUCCGAUCAGUUCUUUGGAGACGAACAGUCGGGUUAUGAUCGAUCCGCAAACCUAUCGAAGUUCCAGGGUUCCACCAGCAUCUCUUCCGCCGACUAUUUCGGCCACGGUUCGUCAUCGAUGGGUUCGGGUGGUGGCGGUGGAAGAUCCGGCGGUUCUCGUGGCCCAGCACUGCAAUACAACGGUCCAGACUUGGAGGACGUGAGGGAAAGUGUGCGGCAGGGCGUCACAAAGGUGGCCGGUCGUCUCAGUUCGCUGGCGAGCGAUGUGAUGAACUCCAUUCAGGAUAAAUAUGGGUACUGA